AUGGAAAAACCUAGCACACCAAGUAGUCAUUCUUUGGCCAGCUCCAUCACCAAUUCUGGUCCCAUUUCGAUCUUUGCAUAUUGUUUGUCAUCGAUCUUGAUGACAGUUACCAAUAAAUAUGUUCUUUCUGGGUUUAACUUCAAUAUGAAUUUUUUAUUAUUGUCUAUUCAGUCAAUUGUUUGUAUCGUGACUAUUGGCAGUUUGAAAAGCUUGAACAUCAUCACCUAUAGAGAAUUCAAUAGAGAUGAAGCUAAGAAAUGGUUACCAAUUGUUUUAUUGUUGGUUUGUAUGACAUAUACCUCAACGUGGGCCUUGAAGUACUUAUCGAUCCCCGUUUACACGAUUUUCAAAAAUUUAACGAUUAUUUUGAUUGCUUAUGGUGAAGUUUUAUGGUUUGGGGGUAAGGUCACGACAAUGGCAUUGAGUUCGUUUUUGUUGAUGGUUUUUUCAUCGGUUGUUGCUUAUUAUGGCGAUAAUGCUGCAGCAAAGACGAUUGAUGAUCAAUAUGCCAUGUAUUUGGGAUAUUUCUGGAUGAUGACAAAUUGUUUUUCUUCGGCUGCGUUUGUUUUGUUCAUGAGGAAAAGAAUCAAGUUGACAAAUUUCAAAGAUUUUGAUACUGUUUAUUAUAACAACUUGUUGUCUAUUCCAGUUUUAUUGGUUGCAACAUUUGCCCUUGAAGAUUGGUCGUCAGCAAAUUUAAAGAAGAAUUUCCCAUUGGAAAACGGAGCCGCAGUUUUUAUUGCUAUGAUUAUUAGUGGUGCUUCAACAGUUGCGAUUUCUUAUUGUAGUGCUUGGUGUGUCAGAGUAACAUCGUCAACUACUUACUCGAUGGUUGGUGCUUUGAACAAAUUACCAAUUGCAUUAAGUGGGUUGAUAUUUUUUGAUGCCGCUGUAAACUUUUGGUCAGUUUCUUCAAUUUUCGUUGGGUUUGCUGCCGGGUUGGUAUAUGCUGUUGCAAAGCAAAAACAACUGAAGGAAGCAGCUCAAAGUUUGCCAACUACUAAUAAAUAA